UCUAUCUGCCUCUUGAUUAAUAUCCACGAUAGCUAUCUUUACUCGAGGAGGUUGCAGCGUGUUCCUUCAGAACCAUGGCGUCAGGCGAACCAAGAGCGAAGAAACUCCGACUGUCAGAUGAGAAAAAGGAGAAGAAAACCCCAGAAAAGAAAACCCCAGAAAAGAAGACCCCAGAAAAGAAGACCCCAGAGAAAACUUCAGAGAGUUCAAGGAAAACCCCGACCAAACUCGGCCCUAAUUCUCUGUUCGGGAUGGGGAACCCCCUGCUGGACAUCUCAGCCGUCGUGGACAAGGACUUCCUGGAAAAGUACGGUCUGAAGCCCAAUGACCAGAUCCUGGCCGAGGACAAGCAUAAAGCAUUGUUUGAAGAGAUUGUCAAAAAGUUUAAAGUAGAGUACCAUGCCGGAGGAGCUACACAGAACUCUAUAAAAAUCGCCCAGUGGAUGAUCCAGGAGCCCCACAAGGUGUGUACGUUCUUCGGCUGUAUCGGUGAGGAUAAGUUUGGGGAGAUUUUGAAGCAGAAGGCAGAGGAGGCCCACGUGGACGCCCACUACUAUGAGCAAACAGAGGAGGCUACAGGGACCUGCGCCGCAUGCAUCACCGGAGACAACAGGUCUCUGGUAGCUAACCUAGCGGCUGCUAACUGUUAUAAGAAGGACAAACAUCUGGACUUGAAGGAGAACUGGAAACUGGUGGAAAAAGCCAAAGUUUACUAUAUCGCUGGUUUCUUCCUGACGGUGUCUCUGGAGUCCAUACUGAAAGUGGCCAAACACGCUUCUGAGAACAACAAGCUGUUCUCUCUGAACCUCUCCGCUCCCUUCAUCUCCCAGUUCUUCAAAGACGCCCUCAUGGAGGUCAUGCCCUAUGUGGAUGUGCUGUUCGGCAACGAGACGGAGGCGGCCACAUUUUCAAAAGAGCAAGGCUUUCAGACCGAGGACAUCGAGGAGAUUGCCAAGAAGGCCGAGGCUCUGCCCAAAGUCAACAAGAAGAGACCGAGAAUCGUUGUCUUUACUCAGGGGAAGGACGGAACCAUCAUGGCCAAAGGAGGUGACAAGGUGGAGACGUUCCCAGUGCUGAAGAUUGACCAGAAGGACAUUGUGGACACAAAUGGAGCCGGAGAUGCCUUUGUAGGAGGAUUCCUGUCAGAGCUGGUCCAGGACAAGGACUUGGAACAGUGUGUGAAAGCAGGACACUACGCUGCCAACAUCAUCAUCAGACGAGCAGGAUGCACCUUCCCCGAAAAACCAGACUUCCACUGAUGACCUGUAACCUUAAUUACUGACCGCUUACCCCUACCCCUAACCCAUCCACCCUUACCUCUGACCCUUACCUUCCAACUUAACGAAACCAGGCCCCCCCCCUGUCCUUUUUUUUCUUUCAACCAUGCUUUCAUCCAAUCCAUCCAUAUAUCUGUCAUUGCUUUCAUCCCUUCUUCCCUUGUCUUUCUGCAACCAGACUUCUGUGCCUAUUCUUCUUGUCCUACGCUAGGGGAUGCUCUCGGGCCACACUGCCUGAUACAGCAGUAUCUGUAUCUACUGAUGUUCAACUGCCCUCCGUCAUGACUCUGCGGAAGUCUACUGCCCUCUGUAAACACAGUUAGACUGAAGGUACUAACGUAAUCCUGCCGAUUCACAGUUAACUAUCAGCCUCUCAAUAAACGGUCAUGUUUACACACACAGCAGGACGCUGCUGGAAACCGACUGCUGUCCAGUCUUCUCCUUGGAGACCGAGCUAAAGCCAAGUUAGUGAGUCGGGAUUAGGUAACAGGUUAGGGACAUGGUUGAUGAGUUAGUUACGGAUGGGUGGGUGGAAUACCGUGAUUUGAUGCAGGAAGUUUCUGUUGAGAAGGUUGAAGAUGAUAUCUAGGAGAACACCUCUAUCAGAGAUAUUAAGAACACUGCACAUAGAAAUUAGAUAGGAAGUGUCAUUGUGAUUUAGAUUUCAUCAUUGAUUUCAUUGAUUGAUGUUUUAUUAUGACUGGAGGCUUAUUGAAGCGGAGAAGUGUUGUUGCAGGGCAGUGUUGCUGUAAAACCAAACAGAUUCCUUAACCUUAAAGCGCACAGUAAAAGUGUAAAGUGCUCUGUACACUUUGUAAAUGUGUAAAGGCCUCUGUGUACUUUGUAAACGUGUCAAAGCCUCUUGAGUCAUUAGUGAUUUUUAUGGCUGUUUUACAAAUGAUUCAUAUUUAAAUAAUACAUUUUAACGUGAUGCUGGUGUAGCCUGUAGAUAUAGGCUAAUAAACACAUUUCAGUUGGUCUAAAACAAAAUAUAAUAGGCUUUUUAUAAUUUUAUAAACAGCCUGUGUUAUACGUCUCAUAACAGUCUAGGAACCUUUGUGCAAAUCUUUAGUUUGUAAAAGGGGAACUUGGUCUGCAGGGGCUGUGAGGCUUAGGUCAGAAGUAAGCACCUCUCAUGUGUAUGGUUGUUGAUAUCAUUGAGUCUGCGUGUGGUAUUGUGACUUGCUGCUUCUACAGAAUACUUCACUCAUUGUCCAUUGACACUGGCUAGCGAUCAUUUUUUAAAUAAAAUUACUGUUAUGAUUCAGGAAAGGAU